UGCGUCUCUACGCUCUUGAGGUUGGCCGUUCUUGAGUCGUCUCUCGGUUAUGGCUACGUCUCAUCCAUCAGGCAGAAGACCUCCUAAACCUUUGGAACGAGCAGGAAACAACAACACGUCUGGUCCUCCUAAGCCUUUCAGGCCUCCUUCGAAUACCACCACUGCUGAUUCAGUUGAAGCUUCUGGCACUGCUGAUAGGGCUCAUACACCUGCUAAUAUGAAUCAACUGAGUAGGCCUCUACCUAUUAGACCUCGCCAGCAGCAGCAGGCCUAUGGUGGUUAUGGUUCAAACCUAGGUCUGAACCCUAGGUAUGGCUCGGGUGCAUAUGGUUCGGGACUAGGUGGGUAUGGUUCUUUAUAUGGGCGUGGAAUGUAUGGGGGUGGAAUGUAUGGUGGUGGUAGCAUGUAUAGUAGAGGAGUCUAUGGUGGUGGUGGUGGUGGUGGUGGUCUCUAUAGAAGUUCAGGUAUGUAUGGUGGUUAUGGUAUGGGGAUGGGGAUGAGUCCUUAUGGUGGUCAAGAUCCUAACGACCCUAAUAAUCAACCUCCAACUCCACCAGGCUUCUGGAUAUCUUUUCUCCGCGUGUUGCAAGGUGCUGUGAGUUUCUUUGGGCGUGUGGCGAUGCUGAUUGACCAGAACACACAGGCUUUUCAUAUGUUGAUGUCUGCUCUUCUUCAGCUAUGUGAUCGUGGUGGUAUGUUGUAUGGAGAAUUAGCAAGAUUUGUAUUGCGUUUGCUUGGGGUGAAGGCAAAGCCUAGUAAGAUGCAGCAGCAGCCACAAGGGCCUAAUGGAAUCGCUUUACCUCACCAGCCCCAUGGAAACCAGAACUGCGUCGAGGGGACUAAAGCUGCUGCUGCUGCUGCUGCUGCUGCUGCACCAGGUGGUGGUUGGGACAGUGUAUGGGGUAACUAA